AUGGCCUCUCCGGCUUCUAUCGAUUUAUCCCACCGCAAGCGCAAGAGGAGGCGCAGACAGGACAAACCUCCCGUGGUCGCCAGGCUUGUCCUUGACGACCAUGUCAAGGGGGACGUUGGUAUUCUGUCUCAAGACUUGUUCGCUGACUUGUUUCCGCAUCUGAGACUUGACGGCGAGCAAGACGAGAACCAACCUUUCCUUCCCGAUGCUCUUCUACACGUCGCCUUGGCCCCGUGGGCUCCUGAUGCCUCGCCCGAGACCACCGACUGGACCAUCGUCCCCGUCACGCAGUCCGCCGCGCUGGCACACUCGACGGUACAGUUCUCGCCCUCGUCGUUGGCCCUGCAGAGCUUUGCGACUCGCCUCCAGCAGGUCGCGCCCUCCAAACUUUCCAGCCAUAGCCGCAGCGGUAUCGAGAUCUUGGUGCUUGAUGUGGUCGCCCUGUCCCUGGACACCGUCUUCGUCAACCUGGAAGGUGAGCUCGCACAGAGGCUGGAGAACGGAGAGGGCACCUUCUUUCGGGACCAUCCCGAUGUCUCAGCCCGGCUCAAGGACAAGGGCAAGGACACUGUCGCCGCACAGUCGGCCGAGGACCGCUUGAAAGCAGCUCUUCGUGUUGCUCUCGGUACGCUCAAGGUUGUACACGCGGGCGAUUUGUUCCCGCUGCCUUUAGCACCCCACCCCAUCACCCAUGUGCCGCCGAACCCCGGAAAGGUCACCCUGUGCGAGCCUGUUGCGCAGGGCAUCCUGUCGCCCACCACCAAGAUCGUUGUGUCCCGCGGACGCAUCCACUCGCGAAACGGGCGUGUGGCCUCCGCCAUUUCUUCCACUUCGCAGCUGAACGGGGUUAUCGAGGAUGCCGAGGACACCGCGAAUGACCAGUUCUACUCGGCUGCUGAGGAAAGAUAUAGGACGGAGAAUGAUGAGAGGAUGCAGGCCGAGAGUACCGACGACGGCGGCGUGACCGAGACGGACGAGUCGGAGCUUUCCAUGGACGAGCAGGAUGAGCUGUCGGACGAUUCGAUGGACGACUUGAUUUCCCUCCAGGCACCAGCUCUACCUGCGACGGCUGCCAGUGGCGUCUCGACGAUCGCGGCCGGGACGCCCAUGACCUUGGGCCGCGGGCGGAAGACAAAUGGGGUCAGCACGCCCGGGUCGGUCUUCUCAACCUUCACCGCGACCACUGCCCGGCCUGACAGACCGCGUGGGCGCCUGUUUAAGGCACAGGGCCUCAUGAGACCUAUCCCGCCGGAGCUUCUACAUCCGAAAGUCGUGCCGGAAGAUGACGAGGAGGCUCGUGUCUAUGUGGACAUCAGCAAUCUUACCAGGAUUGGCUGCUUUUCGGGCGACUGGGCCAGGCUCGAGGCAUCGCAGGAGCCGCCAUCCAACGGAUUUGGGCACUUUGGCCUCGGCAGCUUUGGCGACGUGGCAGAGGAAGAGCCACAGUGGCGACCUGUGAGGGUCUUUGGCCUGCCAGAGGGAUACUCGAACAGGCCCGUGACGAGGAUCGUCCAUUCCAAAAAGUCCGAAGGGCGGCGACCAUCGUUCUUCGAGUCACAACUCCAGAAGCCCUCGAGCCCCGCAGCCUACGCGUCGCCCAUAUUGCUGGCGAAUCUCGAGUCGCCUCCCUACCUGCGGAUCUCGCCUCUCAAGAGAGGCUCAACCGUGCUAGCCAAGAAUCCAUUGUCCAAACUGACGGGCUCCUCACAACCGCCUUAUGCACGCGAGGUCACCUUACGGCACGUCCGAACGCCCAAGUCCGUGGAGAGGGACGUGCAGGUAGCUGUCAUGGCUGGUAUCAAGUACUACUUUGAGAAGAAGCUGCGGAUCGUGAAAAGUGGCGACCUGAUUGCUUUCCCCAUCGACACGCAGCUCGGCAGGACGCUGCAGGAGGCAGAUGGCCUUGCCGUUAAUGACAUUCUGUCUCUGGCAGCCUCAAGAAAGCUGAGCAGGGGCCAAGGCCUGAAACUUGACGAGGUUGUAUGGUUCAAGGUCGCCCACAUUGUCCCUCUGAGACAGGACAGGCCCGAGGAUGGGGACCACGAGGAAGAUCUUUGGGGCUCCGUUGCUUGCAUUGACAUCUCCAUGACCCUGCUCCAGCAGACAGGAUCAGUCACAAGCCGCAUACCUGGGAUCAAGGACAACACGUGGGGGUAUUACCUGGGUCUCAAGAAACCACCAGACAGAGCUCUCCAGCCCUCCCCGAUUGCAGUGCUGGAGCCAGAGAGGAUGCAAAUCUCGCCGCUGCGCAGGCGGCUACGCGAGCUGCUUGCGGCCGCGACCAGCAAGAGAGCCAUACACCUCAACAUGCCACCUCUUGCAAUCCUGCUCGUGUCGACACAGAGGAACAUUGGAAAAUCCACUGUGGCUUCGGAUGCAUGCCUUGACAUUGGCCUUCACACGUUUGUUCUGGACGCAUACGAUAUCGUAAACGAAGCGGGCUCGGGCGGCAGCGAUGUAAAGACGGAAGGGUUCCUGAAGAGCAGGGCCGAACGAGCAAUGAGCUGUGGCCCUGCUUCCUGCGCACUGCUGAUCAGGCAUAUCGAGGCUCUCACGGCUGACAGGAUGGUCUCGUCGAUGAAGGAGAUUCUGGCUGAUGCCAGAGUACUCAUCGCCACCACUACCGAAGUUGACAAGGUGCCCGAUGGAGUGCGAGGUCUCUUCACGCAUGAGCUUGAGAUGAGUGCGCCUGAUGAAGGGGAGCGAGAGGCCAUUCUGAAGAACGUGAUUGACGCUCGCGGCCUGCACUUGGAUCCUGACGUCGACCUGGGCAGUGUUGCGCUGAAGACGGCCGCCCUGGUCGCGGGAGAUCUCGUCGAUGUGGUCGACCGAGCGCUCGUAGCACGACAGUCUCGCCUUGAGAAACUGACCUCACAGUCCACAACAACUACCGCCCCCCUACACAGCCAAACUACCAUCCGUGACGUACAGGUAGCAGGCGGACCCUCUGCUCGCGGUCUCACACCAGCCGACUUCGAUGUUGCCGUUGAUGCUGCGCGCAAGAACUUUGCCGAUGCCAUCGGAGCACCCAAGAUCCCCAAUGUGACGUGGGACGACGUGGGUGGCCUCGACAACGUGAAGGACACCGUCUCGGAGACCAUUCAGCUGCCCCUUGAGCGUCCUGAGCUCUUUGCCAAAGGCAUGAAGAAGCGCAGCGGCAUCCUCUUCUACGGCCCACCAGGCACCGGUAAGACCCUUCUCGCAAAGGCCAUCGCCACCGAGUACAGCCUCAACUUCUUCAGCGUCAAGGGGCCCGAGCUUCUCAACAUGUACAUCGGCGAGAGCGAAGCCAACGUGCGGCGCGUCUUCCAGCGCGCGCGAGACGCGAGGCCGUGCGUCGUCUUCUUCGACGAGCUGGAUUCAGUGGCGCCCAAGCGUGGCAAUCAGGGCGACAGCGGCGGCGUCAUGGACCGCAUCGUGAGCCAGCUCCUCGCCGAGCUGGAUGGCAUGUCCAGCGGUGAGGACAGCGCCGGCGGUGUUUUUGUCAUUGGCGCCACCAAUCGGCCGGAUCUGCUCGACUCGGCUUUGCUGCGCCCGGGUCGGUUUGACAAGAUGUUGUACCUGGGCGUGUCGGAUACGCAUGAGAAGCAGCUGCGGAUCCUGGAGGCCUUGACGAGGAAAUUCGUCCUCGACCCAACAGCCUCCCUCCGCGCUGUUGCAGAAAAGCUUCCCUUCACAUACACAGGUGCAGACUUCUACGCUCUCUGCAGCGACGCCAUGCUCAAAGCCGUCACCCGCCAAUCCGCCAAGGUCGACGCAAAAAUCAGGCGCCUCAACACGGAAGCAGCCGAAGCCGCUGCCGCAGCCGGUGACGGGGCCAAAAAACAAAAGACCCCUAACGUCAUCACCACUGCUUACUUCUUUGACCACCACGCCACGCCCGAGGACAUCGCCGUCAUGGUCACGGAGGAGGACUUUAUGGCUGCGCACCGCGAGCUGAUCCCCAGCGUGUCGGCGGGCGAGCUUGCACAUUACCAGCGCGUCAGGGCCACCGUUUGA